GUUAUAUCCGCGACAAACCUCACUUUGCCUCUUCCUUUUACACGUCUCUCUAUUUGAAUAUAUUGACUACGUUGAACCACCCAAUAUGCCACUCGUUGUUCCAGGAAUCAACUCCUCCUUCGGUGAUAAGUCCGAGUGGGUCAACAAGCUGAUGGGCAAGAAGAUUAGCGACAUUAGUAAUGAGACAUCCUUUGCAAAGAAAGACCUUCCCGAGACUCACCGGGUAUUGAAGCCAGGUGACAUGAAGACCAUGGACCAUAACCCGAAUAGACUGAAUAUCCACGUUAACGAGGAUGGGGUUGUCCAUGACGUGAACUCCGGGUAGAGCUAA